AUGGUGCUGCCCACCACGCUGCUGGGGCCCCUGCUGUUUGCGGUUGUGUCGGCUUCGCCUCUGCCCCGCGCCGCUGCCCUCUGCCUGGCGGUAGCCGCGGCGUUCGCGCUGCGGCUCUACCCGCGGAAGGCCAUCGACCUGGGCUGGAGGGACCUGGCGGCGGCACUGUGCUACUCCCUGGUGCCUGGCCGGGAGUCCAGGCGCUCGCUGGAGCGCUCGAUCACCAGCGCCUGGUCGCCCCGAGGAGACGCAGUGGUGCACCUCUCGGUGCGCACCGGCCUGGACCUACUGCUGAGGGCACUCGAGUUACCGAGGGGCUCCAAGGUCCUCUUCGUGCCGGGCAUCACAAUCCCAGGCAUGGUAGACAUCGUCGAGGCCAACGGCCUCGUGGCCGUGGGGGUCGAUCCGCCCUCCGAGAAAGAUCUCCUCGUAGACGAGCUGGCUCCGUACAUCACCGAGGACACCCGCAUGCUAGUGGUCACCCACCUGUUCGGAACUGUUUUCGACGCUACGAGGCUGAUUCGGGAGGCGAAGGAGCGCGGGCUGUUCGUCCUCGAGGACUGCGCGCAGGCCUUCCUGGGCGCGCCCUCGGCUUCGGCGGUCGGUUCGGGUGCCCCCCGAUGCCGAGAUGGCUUUCGCGGCAGCGAGGGCGUUGACGCAGCUUACGUCAGCUUCGGCACGAUGAAGACCCUGACAGCGCUUGGCGGCUGCCUGGGAUUCAUCCGCGACCCCAGCCUACGGGACAGGGUCGAAAAGGAACAGGAGACGCUUCCCACCAGAUCAACCUUCCAGUUCUUCACAGUGGUGCUCAAGGGCAGCCUCAUCAAGCUGCUGGGCCACCCGUGCGCCUGGGGCCUCGCUGCUGCCCUGUGCUCGCUGAUGGGCGUCGACUUCGACGCGCUGAUCAUAGGCAGCGUGCGCGGCUUCCCGGACGCCUCCAGCAUCAGGCAGCGCCCUUGCCGUGCGCUGCUGCGGCUCCUGCGCAGGCGCAUCGGUAGCCAGCAGCUGGCCUGCCUGGAGGAAGUCCGCGGCGCCUCCGCUGCCGCGUCCACCGUGGCGAGCCGCUGCCAGAUCGGCACUCUCCUGGCGAAUCGCCUUAAGGAGGGCGGCACCACGGUGCUGACGCACAACGCGGGGGUCAAUUCCUGGUGGCUGCUGCCAGUUGUGGCCGAGGACCCGAAGGGCAUGGUGAGGGGCCUGUGGGCGCGCGGCUUCGACGCGACCUGCACCUCGACGCAGCUGAGGCGGGUGCCAAAGAGCGCCGGCCCUGGCUGCAAGGACAUCAUGGACCGGGUCGUCUUUCUGCCGCUCACCCCGCAGCUGCCGCGCGCGGCCGCGAAGAGCAGAAGACGGCAUGCACACGAUUUCCCGGAGGUCCGAGCGGACUGCUUGGAUCGGCGUCAGGCACCGCUGGCGGCGCCUCCCGCGCCGAUCCGAUAA